UGAAUUUCUAAUCACUUCAUACCAAGUACUUGACCAUUAAAGUAGCGAAGGGGCGAAAAAUGUACGUAAUUGUGAUAAAAUAUGUCCAGCUGUUGUGCUUCAGUGUCUUCUUCAGCAACAUAAAUUGCAAUGAAAUCUUCGAGCUUACGAGUCAGGAUCAACAAAACCUUUAUCGGAUAGCGGAAUGCGUUUCGCGAUGCAUCAACAAAGAAAAUCAAACCCUCAACUCUUGUUACACGACAAUUUGUGAAAAAAACGAAAAAUCUCACGACGAAAAACAUCAAAUUACGAUACGGGAAGCUGCUGAUCUUGAACUCAUCUGUCGCGAUAGCUCGAAAUUAGUACUGCGAGUCAAAUCAGAAGACAAUAUUCAAAGGAAUUCAACGAAAAAACAACUUUACUUGAUAAAAGUUCAAGAAGAUGACCUCACGAAUCGAGAAAGUUUCAUCUAUUUGAGCGAAUCUCCGAUAGUUGCUAUUGAAAAACUUCGCCCAAACACAACUUUUAACCUUUCUGCGAUCAUUUUUUACGAAAAUGGUGAGAAACUGACGACGCCAAUAAAGAAAAUCAAGACGCUUCAUUCGUAUUACAAGCCAGAAAACAUUCGAGAUCUCAAAAUAAGGAGAAUUUUCAAAGAUCAACUUGGAUUGGCGGAUGUACUUGUAUCAUGGGUGCCCGGAAAUGAUAGGACCUGUUUUUAUGACAUUGUAUAUCAUUCAUCGGAUAAUGGGGAAUCCCCGUUCUAUAAAAGGGAAAUUAGAGAUCCCUCGUCGUUAUUCACGUACGAAAUUAAGAAUUUAACGAUGAACCAAGACUAUUCGGUAGGGAUACGAGCGUUGAAUAACAUCAAUAUCACUCGAGAGAGUGAAUUUUAUUGGCAGGAUUUCAAUACGUCGCGUUGUAAUGCCUUUCAUAAUACAAAUCUCACCAUUUGUCCUCCUGAUCAAGUUGCCUCUUUGAUGACGAAUCUCUCGAUGAUUGAAGGAAAUAAAGGAGAAUUUGCUUUAAACGUUACUUGGAAGUCACCAUUAGUCCUUCCCGACAACUAUACAAUUCAAAUUACUGAGAGAUCGACUCAUAAAAUGCUUAGUUUCGUAAUUUCAGGGGAUGACACCGAAUUUUACACUGAAUUGAGUCUCUCAAAGCCCAAUGAAGGAAUUUUCUUGAGCAUUUAUGCGACAUCAGUUGGAGGACAUUCCAAAGGUAAUCACGUGGAAGUAUUUCCAGACACAGUUGUGAAGGAAAUUCACAAAACCAAUGGAUCUCUUAUCGUUUUCUUCGUACUAUUGGUUGUUUUUUUAAUACUUUUACUCGUCGUCUUGGCUUAUAACUACCGGAAAUUCCGGAAAUCAUUUGUUAAUACAACACAAGAGACUUUAAUUAUUUCGCAUAAAACUGGACACGAUUGCUUGUUAAUCGACAAUUAUGAGAAAGAAAUCUCAUAUUGGUACUCGCAAUUCAUGAAACCCAUCGAAGAUGAACAAGAAAUCUCGUUCCAUCAAAUUGAAAUUCUCGAAAAAUUGGGCGAAGGAGCCUUCGGGAUGGUUAAAAAAGGUCGUUUACGAUCAAACGGGAAGAUUGUUGCCAUUAAAACUUUGAAAGAAAACCCGUCAAAGUGCGAAAUUGAAGAUUUUCGUCACGAAAUUGAACUUAUGAAGGCAGUUGGGAAGCACAAGAACAUCGUUGGCAUUGUCGGGCAUGUUACGAAGGAUUUUAAAGAGAUGAUGCUCCUUACUGAAUAUUGCGGAAAAGGAAAUUUGCUCAAUUUUCUGCGAACGACAUGGAAAGAGAUGCAAGAAAGACCUUUGAAUGAAGCGAAUGGAUGCAUUUUCAACAAAUUAUACGAAGAAAUGCAAGAUAAUCCGCCGCAAAUCGAUCGCGACGAAGGAUUUGUCGAAAAUAUGGGCUACGAGUUGUUCGAAUGUGAGAAUUUUUUGCAAUUCGAUGGCUUGUUGUUACUCUAUUUCGCACUUCAAGUCGCUUUCGGCAUGGAAUAUCUCUCCAACGACAAAGUUGUUCAUCGAGAUUUAGCAGCACGGAAUGUUUUGGUGUGUGACGAUUUGACUCUCAAAAUUUCCGACUUUGGCUUAAGUCGUGACGUUUAUCAGGAAAAUUUUUAUCGCAAAACAGGAAACGGGAAAUUGCCUAUUAAAUGGCUUGCGUUGGAGUCAAUGACACGCCAAAUGUACAACGUUUACACCGAUGUUUGGUCCUAUGGCAUACUUUUGUAUGAAAUUUUCACUCUUGGAAAUGAUCCAUAUCCAUCAAUUCCAACGAAUAAACUGUUGGAUGCCCUUAAAGCGGGAUAUCGCUUGGAAAAACCGCAGAAUUGUAGCGAUACUGUAUACAAUUUGAUGGAAAGUUGUUGGCUGGAGAAUCCGAAUCAAAGACCAGAUUUCACUGAAAUUAAACAAAUGUUGCAAAGAUUGAUUAUUGAGACGAAAAAUGGCACGAAGGAACAUGUUUCCUUAGCAAAGAAGGAAAAAUUACCUUACAGAGAAAAACUAUCCUCAUUGAUAUCUGUGGAGUCGUACUUGAAGCCUGUCCCAUAAAAUCGACACGGAAAAAGAUGAAAAACAACGAAAUUUACUUUGAUCUUCUUAAAUUUCUUGUUGUUUAUUUAUUUUACAUCACACAUAAAUGACAUACACAAUAAUUUUAACUAUGGUUAAUUAUUUGGUAUUUCUUUUUUUUUAAUCUUUAUCAUAUAUAAUAAUAAUAUUUUUGUUGCUUUUGCAGCUAUUUUUGUUUUAUUCUCCUUUUUCAUACUCGAUUUUUAUUUUUAAUGGUUUGUCUAAAAAUUUGUGCCUCGAUCUUGUUCUUUCCUAUUUUUUUUUUAUUAUUAUUAUAUAUUUUUUUUAAGUUUUUAUUCGUUCUAGAAUUCUUAUGUGUAAAGAAUUGAUAAACUUUUGUUUAAAAAUGCUGAAUUUUGAUAUAAUUUGAGUGACAUAGUUUUAUUCUUGUGUAUGUAUUGCCUUUAUAAACUAGGUAAAGUUCAGUAUUACAAUAUAUUUUUAUUUUUUUUAGGUAAUUUUUUUUUUAAUCAUUAAUCAAGUUGAAUGUGUGUGUGUGAAAUUUUUAUCAAAUAUCUAUAAAUUUAGAUGAUGAAGAUAGCGCGAUUGUACGGCGACGACAAUAUAAUAUAUUUAUAUAUGUUCUAAUGUAUGCAUUUCUGGCAGUUUAAUCUCGAAUGUAACAAACGUGCGUUUUUCUAUUCAUUUUUUUGAAAACAAAAUUUUUUUAAACAAUCUUCUAUUUUUUUUUUCAUUAGAGGCCAAUUCUAUAAUAAUUUUUAAUUAAUUAAUUAUUUAUUGUGACUAAUUUUUUUUUCAACAUAAAUAAU